AUGCUGCAGCAGAUCCUGCAUGACAUGUACAUCGACCCCGAGCUCCUUGCCGAGCUCAGUGAUGUGCAGAAGCACAUCCUCUUCUACAAAAUGCGAGAGGAGCAACUGAGGCGCUGGAGGGAACAUGAGGCUUGGGAGGCACUGGCCCAGGUGGAGGGGCUCCGGCCCCCGAAGGUCAAGCGAGGUAUGUGGCUAGGGGCAGCGAGUGACAAGCACAUCCAGUGGCUCCUGGGUGCGGACGGCGAGGUCUGGGUCUGGAUCAUGGGAGAAGGCCCCGGUGACAAGCCCUACGAGGAGAUCUCUGAGGAGCUGAUAGCCGAGCGGGCACGGCUGCAGGCCCAGAGGGAGGCGGAGGAGCUCUGGAGACAGAAGGAGGCUGAGAUCACCAAGAAAUUCCGGGAUGCUCUGGCUAAUGAGAAAGCUCGGAUCCUGGCGGAGAAGUGGAAAGUGGAGAUGGAGGACCGCAAGGCUUCCAAAAUUCUGGAGGAGCGCAUCCAGGAGGAAUUCAGGAGGAAAGAAGAAGAGGAGAGGAAGCGAGGAGAAGAGCAGAUUCGCCUCCAGGAAGAGCAGAGGGCAAAGGAGCUCUACUUGACCCUGAAGCAGGCCCAGCUGCAGAGCCACGCCAGCGAGAAGGAGGAGCAGGAGUGGGCAGAACAGCUGCGCAGGUCCAAGGCGGCCGAUGAGGAGAGGAGUCGCAGAGCCCAGCGGGCCAGGGACGAGUACCGGCGCCAUUCUCUGCGCGCUAUCCAGAAGGGCACAGUCGCUGGCCUCAGCUCCAUGUUCCAAGAGCUUGGCCAGAGCCAGGAGCAAGAGGCGAGACCCUCUCACCACCUCCCUGGUCCGGGUCCACCACCACCCCUCGCCCUGCCAGCCAGGACUUGGGAGCGACCACUGCGUCCUGUUUCCAGAGAAAUCAUCGUCCGCUGGUUCAAGGAGGAGCAGCUGCCUCGCCAAGCUGGCUUUGAGAGGAACACCAAGUGUAUCGCCCCCUGGUUCCAUGGAGGAAAUUAUCACUGUUUCAGGGGGAGAGUUGCUUCAGGAACCCUGUGGACAGAGAGACAGCCCGCCAGACUACCAUCUGUUGUUUGA